AUGGUGGGCCACCUGCAUCUGCAGGGCAUGGAGGAGAGCCUCAAGGAGAAGAGCCGGGAGGGCGUGCUGGACAGCCCCGACUCCGGGCUACCCCCCAGCCCCAGCCCCAGCCCGCCCUUCUACUCGUUGGCGCCUGGCAUCCUCGACGCCCGCGCUGGGGGCGCCGGCGCCUCCUCCGAGGCCCCCGGACCCGGCGAGGCCAGAGCGCCCCCCGCCCACCCCCCGAGCACCCCAGCGCGAGAGAUGAGGCCCCGGAUGCUGCCUGUGUUCUUUGGGGAGAGCAUUGAGGUGAACCCGGAACCCACACCGGAGAUCCGCUGCAAUUCUGAGGUCAAGUAUGCAUCGGAGAAGCACUUCCGGGACAAGGUCUUCUACGUGCCGGUGCCGACGGUCACGGCCUACAGUGAGACGAUUGUGGCCACGCCCAACUGCACUUGGCGUAACUACCGCAGCCAGCUGACCCUGGAGCCGCGACCCCGCGCCCUGCGCUUCCGCAGCACCACCAUCAUCUUCCCCAAGUGUGCCAGCAACUCCUUCCGCACCACCCUGCACCUCAGCCUGGGCCGGCCCCGCUGCUGGUUCACAGCCAGCGUGCAGCUGCAGCUGUGCCCGCGCCCCGGGCCCGGCCUCCUGGGCCCCGCGCCCCUCUGACCCGCAGCCCGGCCCCGGUGGCGGCGGCGUUGCGGCGAACCAGGGCCAUCCCUGGGGCGGCCGGAGGAUGGACUCUGCUAUUGGGAGGGACCCUGGGGUGUGUCUUACCCCGGCCGCUGGGGCUCACCCAAUAAACACAUCUAUUUUAUCAGCACCUAUGUGGGGAGGCAGCUUGGGCCUGGCUCUCGGAGGAGCAGGGGUUGGGGGCAGGUGGAUAGGCGGCGAUGGAGAGAAGAAGGCACGUGUCCUUGGCUGCCCCUGAGGUGGGGACACCCCGAGCAUCGGCAGGAUGGAGGCAUCCCAGCCUUGGCCGCAUGGGAGGGAAGAAGGGGGCCAUUCAGACACCCAGCGGCCCUGGAGGAGGCUGUUUCCAAAACGAGCCUUUCAAAUGCAUGCAGUUUAACGCCCAGAGCCGUAGCCCGGCAACCUCUGGUGGAUGGUGGGCCAGGAGACUGGGUGAAAGCUGGACGCCGAUGCCAGGGCCAGAGUGGGCUGUGUCUGGGGAGCCGCCAGGAGGAGCCCUGCCCACACUGUCCCGGUUGCCCGUGCCCCAGGGCGGAGGAUGGAGGGCCCAGCGCCGUGUCCAGAGCCUCACCCACAGGGCAGCCUGCUAACCUCUGUCCGCCGACGCCUUCAGGACCAGGACUCGGGAACAUCAGAGCCCUGGAGCCAGGUGCCAAGGGGAGGCGUCUAAGCUCUUGGAAAUCACCACCACCACCUGCCAGCCGUCAGCUUAAAGAGAUGCUGUGGGGCCUGGCUGCCCUCGCGCAGGCCUUCCCCUCCUACUGUGAUGACUCAGCAAUGGCCGGUGCUGUAGGGCUCACGGCACACAUGCAAGGUCAGGGAGGAAGACGUGAGACCCCCGUGCUCCCUGGGAAGAGCCAGGACAUGUGGGGGCCGGGGCCACGACCUGGGGCUGCUCAGCACCAGUGACCCAAAAGCCCCCCAACGUGGCCACAGAGAUGCCCUCAGAUUGGACCCUUAGGUGGGGGCUACCCCGACAUUCCCCUGGCUUCCCCCCUAAGAUGGGGCUUUAGUUCCCUCGCUGGGGAGAAGGGCAACUUGGAGCUCACAUUCAGGAGAGGCAAGGUGAUUGACGUAUUUUUAUAUAACUACACAGACUGUGCGUGGUCUCUCCACAAAGAUGCUUUCUGAUUAACAAAGAAAUAACUUAAGAAACAACUGAUUAUCUUAAUAAA